AAGUGAAGCCAGAACAAAUGGUUCCUAUAAUACUAGCCUCCAUUUGUGACCAUUCCAGAGAUCAACUCUUCAUCAGUGCCUCACCAAACAUGGAUGCACGAUCCACCCCUUUGCUCCUACUACUAAAUUUGGUCCUUCUGUUUCUGCGCGUCUCCGCUCGGGAGUUCCUCUCGCCGGGCUCCUCCAUGCCCGUAGAGGAUAGUUCCGACGUGCUCCGGUCACCGGAUGGCACUUUCACCUGCGGCUUCAACAAAAUUUCCCAAACUGCCUCCAUCUUCUCCAUUUGGUACUCCAACACGGCUGAAAAGACGGUGGUCUGGAGCGCGAAUCAUCUCCACCCCGUUUGCUUCAAGGGUUCCCGGGUCACGCUAGAUCCGGAUGGCCGGAUGGCCGCAGAAGACUACGACGGCCGCCCCGUCUGGGAAAACAAUGUGUCUUCUUCUUCUUCUUCGAAUGCCCUGCGAGCUCAGCUGCUCGACACCGGGAACCUCGUCGUCAAUGGCCAAGGUGACAUCAUUCUGUGGCAAAGUUUCCAUUCUCCUACCGACACAUUGCUGCCCUAUCAGAACAUUACCAGUGCUACAAAGUUGGUAUCUGCUAGCAGGCUACUUGUCCCUGGGCGCUACAGCUUCCAUUUUGAUGAUGAACAUAUACUCACACUGUUUAAUGAUGAGAAGGAUAUCUCUUUUAAAUAUUGGCCAAAUCCUAGUAAUGAUAUAUGGACAAAGAACAGAAAUGCGUUUAGUACCACCACAGUUGGGUUCCUCGAUAGCUCGGGCUAUUUUCUUGGUAGUGACAACUUAACUUUGAAGGCUGUUGAUUGGGGUCAAGGGGUUACGAGGAGACUAACAUUGGAUUAUGAUGGCAACCUUAGAUUAUACAGUCUAAAUAAGAUAGAUGGAACAUGGUCAGUCACAUGGAUGGCAUAUCCACAGACUUGCUCGGUUCAUGGGCUGUGUGGCAUUAAUGGGAUAUGUGUGUACACGCCCAAGCCUGCUUGUGCGUGUGCUCCUGGGCAUGAGAUAAUCGACCCAAGUGACCGGAGCCAAGGUUGCAAACCAAAAUUCAAUCUCAGUUGUAAUGGACAGGAGAUGUUUGUGAAGCUACCCGCCACCGACUUCCAUGGUAAUGAUCUUCGAUUGAAUACCAUAGUUUCACUUGAUGAAUGCAAGAAUAUAUGCUUGAAGGACUGCAGUUGCAAAGGUUUUGCAUAUUGGCAAGGAACCAGGCUUUGCUAUCCAAAGGUUGAUGGUUCUAUACAUAUCAAGAUUCCUAAAACACUACAGGUCCCAAAGUCAUCAGUUCCUCACUCGCAACCUUUUGGUCCUAGAUAUGUUCCUAAUUGCAGUGCAAAGAGUAACUAUUUCACUCCAUAUUUUUCGGAUCAACCUAAAAGUAGUCAAAGUGGAUCACACUCACAAUACUUGUACUUGGCAUAUGGGUUCUUGUUAGCGAUAUUUUGUGUGGAGGUAAUAUUUGUGGCACUAGGAUGCUGGUUUUUGUUCGUAAGGGAGGGCAAAAAGUUAAUAGGAGUAUGGCCAGCUGAGGUUGGUUAUGAAAUGGUAACCAACCAUUUCCGCAGAUACACUUACAAAGAGUUGCAGACAGCAACUCAAAAGUUCAAGGAUCGGAUUGGAUGUGGAGCAUUUGGUCUUGUAUACAAGGGGGUCCUAAAAGACAAGAGGGCUGUAGCGGUGAAAAAGUUGGCAGACAUAAACCAAGGGGAACAAGAAUUCCAACAUGAACUGAGUGUGAUUGGAAGGAUUUACCCUAUGAAUCUGGUGAGGGUUUGGGGAUUUUGUUCUGAUGGCUCACACAGAAUAUUGGUUUUAGAGUACAUCGAGAAUGGUUCUUUGGAUAAAACCUUGUUUUGUAGCGAAAAGUUACUUGGAUGGAACAGAAGGUUUAAGAUUGCUCUAGGGGUGGCAAAAGCAUUGGCCUAUCUUCAUCACGAGUGCUUGGAGUGGGUUAUCCACUAUGACAUCAAGCCUGAGAAUAUAUUGUUGGAUGAGAACUUGGAGCCAAAGGUCAGCGACUUUGGCCUUGCAAAACUUGUGAACAGAAGUGGAUCCAAUAAAAAUGUAUCAAGGAUUCAUGGAACUAGAGGUUAUAUAGCUCCUGAGUGGGUGUCUAGCCAGCCAAUAACAGCAAAGGUUGAUGUCUACAGCUUCGGAGUGGUUCUCCUAGAACUACUCAUGGGGGCUCGUGUGUCAGAUUGGGCGUCAAAUGCCGGCGAGGAAGUGGAAAUGGUCCUUCGAAGCAUCGUUAGGAUGCUUACAGAAAAUAUGAUGCUGGAGGGCAGCCAACAGUUAUGGCUUGUUGACUUCAUUGACUCGAUGUUGAACGGGCAGUUCGAUGAUCUGCAAGCAAGAACAAUGGUCAAGUUUGCUGUGUCAUGCCUAGAAGACGACAGUAGGAAAAGGCCCACUAUGGAAAAUCUCGUGCAGAUGCUUUUGUCGGUUGAUGAAGAUAGUGGUAUAAUGCAGUAGUAUGCUACCAACUAUACAAAGGAGUUUGACGCUUUACACAACAUGUCAUGUAUGGUUAUUUUUUGAUCGAAAACAAGAUAUUGGGAUGUGUGUCAUGUAUUCGUACUGUUGUCAUUACAUGGACAUCAUAGUUGUAUACUUAGCAAGUUUCACUUUUCUUUUGGUUUGUGUCUAAACUGGGUUAGCACACUAGGUGGAGUCAUAUUGGGUGUGCCUUGGAAUUCUUCAAGGAAUUGAACACUGAGUUGGUUUGUAAGAAAGUUAUAUAAUGCAAUGAAAAUUCACUAGAAAAAUCGGUGGAGUUGGA